CAAUGCUGUCCGCCUGGAGUGGGCCCGUGAAGCCGAAGAGAAGGAGGCUGAUCUUGAUCAUCUCAUCGGGUUCCUGACGAGGGAGGUGGAGCGGCGAGGUCGCUCUGGUGUCUACGUGGGACUGGCUGGUGCUGGAGCAUCAUCUUCAUCUUCACGAGCCAGUGGUGCCGGCGCUUCUUCACGGGCUGGUGGUGCCGGAGUCUCCGCUCGGGCUGGCAGUGCCGGCGGUUCUUCAUCUUCGAGAGGUGGGGGCAGCCACCCUGCUGUCACUAGCCGGCGCCCGUCUGUGUACACGGAGGCGCGGGGCACCGGCCCUGGUCUACCCUCCGGGGCAGCUCUGCACUCAUCUGAGCUUAAGUGCUCUUUCUGCGAACCUCAGAGCUGUGGCGGUUCCAGCCAUAUGUGCCCCCCUCGCGCGUCCACUUCUGCCGGCCUCUGUUCUGGAUCAGCUUGAUGGUGUAGUCCUGGCUGACCCGCUAGAGAGUGAGAGUCUGCACAUCGACAUUCUGGUCGGUGUUGAUCAGUUCUGGCAACUGGUAAGUGGGGAGACGCGAGUACUGCGAGAGGGUAUGGUGGCUCAGAGAACUGUGUUCGGCUGGGUGCUGAGCGGUCAGGUGAGUGGCGUAGAUGACCACAAGGGUGGAUGUCAGCUCCUGUGUCUGGGUGACAUACAUGAGUCGGCGCUGCGCCGUCUGUGGUCACUGGAGGGAGUAGGUGUGACGGAUGUGACCACUGGUGAUGAGUCUGAUGUGAUGACCACGUUCGAGUCCACUGUGGAACGAUCAGCUGAUGGUCGUUAUGUGGUGAAACUGCCAUGGAAGGAGAGUGCAGUUGACCUGUUGCAGGAUAAUCGAGCUAGUGCUGAGAAGCGGCUGACUGGUCUGGGACGUAAGCUGGAGCGGGACCCUGACCUGCGUGCCCGUUAUGAUGGUGCCCUGUGUGAGAUGGAGGGGGCUGGGGUGAUUACAGAGGUGCCUGUGGAGGAGCUGGUAACCCAGAACCCUACAUUUUACCUGCCCCACCGUCCGGUAGUCAAGGAGAAUAGCACCUCUACUAAAGUCCGCCCAGUGUUCGAUGCGUCCGCUCGUGGGCCUAAUGGUGUCUCUUUGAACGAUUGCUUGGAGGUGGGACCCUGCCUCCUGCCUAACCUGCUGGAGGUUCUCCUGCGUUUCAGGCGCUGGCCGUUCGCAGUGACCGCUGACAUCACGAAAGCCUUUCUGCAGGUCGGUCUGAGUGUCGAGGAUCAAGACACCCACCGUUUCCUGUGGGACUGUGACGGUCGUGUGCGUGUGAUGAAGUCACAGAGGGUCAUUUUUGGUGUCAGUAGUUCUCCCUUCCUCCUAAAUGCUACGAUUAGACAUCAUUUGUCUCUGUACCCUGAUUCUCCUGCCAUUCGUGAGAUGCGUGAGAAUUUCUAUGUGGAUGACCUGUUGUCGGGUGCCAACAGCGAGAGUGAGGCCUCCGCGCUGCUCUCAGAGGCUCAGCGUGUGAUGAGAGAUGCCCACAUGAUGUUGACCAAGUGUCGCUCUAACAGCCCCCUGUUGUUCGACAAGGCGCAGGGUGUGUUUGGUGAGAGUGAGCAUGUGAAGGUGCUCGGUGUGAUCUGGAACCCGACUGAUGACCUGUUCGCAUUCCAGGGCGUGUCACUGCCUGACGACAUUGUUCCCACAAAACGUGUCGUUCUCAGCUUUGUCGCACGCAUGUUCGAUCCCCUUGGAUUCAUCAGCCCGUUUGUGAUGACUCUGAAAUCUCUCUUCCAAGAGCUGUGGCAGCUGGGGUUGCACUGGGAUGACCCGCUGCCGGAGUCCUGUCGUGAGACGUUCGCCAGAUGGCUGAGUGGACUGGCGGUGCUGAAGGAGCUGCGUGUGCCGCGCCGCUACUCGCCGAGCGCGUGGAGGGACGGCCACGGCGCUGAGCUUCUGGCAUUCAGCGAUGCAUCGCCCAAAGGGUAUGGAGCUACCGUUUACAUCCGUGUCCCUUUGGAGGAUGGGUCAUUUCAUGUGUCGCUGGUGAUGGCAAAGAGCCGUGUGGCGCCUGUUAAGAAGCUUAGUCUUCCUAGGCUAGAGCUUCUUGGCUGCCUGAUCGCGGCCCGCCUGGUCGUGUUCGUGAGGAGUGCGCUCCGUCUCUCGCACAGUACUCCGUGCCUCUGUUGGACUGAUUCAAUGGUAGCACUGGGUUGGAUCAGGGCCGAUCCACGUAAGUGGAAGGAGUUUGUGGCCAACAGAGUGAUUGAAAUUCAGAGUCUGACGGAUCCUGAACGGUGGCAGCAUUGUCCGGGGGAGUGUAACCCGGCUGACCUCACCACACGCGGGGUGUCUGCUGAGGAGCUUGUGACGUGUGCCCCCGUGGAGGUGACGUGUGUUCCCUUGGUGGUGAUGUGUACCGAGCUGGUGGUGAUGUGUACCGAGCUGGUGGUGAUGUGUACCGAGCUGGUGGUGAUGUGA